CCUCGCUGGGCCGCGUGGCGGUGGUGGUAGACCAGGGCUCGGGCUUCAUCAAGGCGGGCUUCGGGGGCGAGCGCCAGCCCCGCCUGGUGCUGAAGAGCUCCAGCCUGGUGCCCACCUGGGACCGGCCGGUGUGUACCCGCGCACCCCGCUGCGGGCUGACGGGCGGCGUGGAACGGGCGCACCCCAUCAAGCACGGCGUGGUGGUGGACUGGGAGGCACUGGAGGGGCUGUGGGAGCGCCUGCUGGUGGGCGGCCUGCGGGUGUGCCCGGAGCAGUGGCCCGUGCUAGUGAGUGACUCGCCGUCGGCGCCGCCCGCGAGCCGCGAGAAGGUGGCCGAGCUGCUGUUCGAGGCCCUGGUGGUGCCUGCGUGCCACAUGGCCAGCACGGCGUUGUUGGCGCUCUGCUCCACUGGCGCGUUCAGCGGGCUGGCCGUAGAGGCAGGUGCAGGCGUGUGCCACGCCACACCCGUCUAUGCGGGCCACUCGUGGCACGAGGCCACCUUCCGGCUGGACAUCGCAGGCAGCACCCUGUCGCGCUACCUGCGGGACUUGCUGGUGGCAACGUGCCCUGAUCCAUCGCUGCGGGCCUUGCCCCGCAAGGCCAUCACACAGCUCAAGAAGCGCUGCUGCUAUGUGUCGCUGGACUUUGAGGGUGACCUUCGUAACUCUGACCGCCACCAUCCGGUCAGUUUCUGUUUAGGCAACGGGUGCUCUUUCUGCCUCAGCAGCGAGCGCUUCCGCUGCCCGGAACCCAUCUUCCAGCCAAGUCUGCUAGGCCAGGCCGAGCCAGGACUGCCUGCACUGGCCUUCCAGGCACUGCAGAGGGUCCCUGCGACUCUAAGGACGCGGCUGGCCGAUACCGUGGUGCUGGCCGGUGGUUCCACGCUUUUCCCUGGCUUCACUGAGCGCCUGGAAAUGGAGCUAGAGGCGCAGUGCCGGAGGCAUGGCUAUGGGGCACUGCGGCCUCACCUGGUGGCCAAGCCUGGGCGUGGCACAGCAGUGUGGACAGGUGGCUCCAUGGUGGCCUCCUUGCGUUCCUUCCAACAGCGCUGGAUAACCCGGGCCAUGUACCAGGAGUGUGGCUCCAGGCUGGUGCACGAAGUGUUCAACUGAGUCAUGUUGGACUGGAGGGGAGGUGCCACAUGAGGGGCACGGUGGGCUGAGCUAUAGCUCUAUCAGAGGCAUUGAGUGCCAAAUAAAAGUCUCAAGUGAUUG